AUGCUUCCAUUCCUAGCGCCAAUUCGACAAGCCAAUCAUGUCUCCCAACAAGGCACCAAAUACUAUGUCGAGAUCACAUUCCUAGCAGAUUCUCCGUAUUCGACGAGAGCGCCGUCGGCAAAUCCCACGGAGCCGCCCAUAAUUCCAGCGCUGAAAAAUCUAGAAGACGUGGAGGAGACGGUGUCUAAUAAAAGUAGGAGUAGUGAAGGACUAAACAAGCUAGGAAAUGGAGGAAUGGGGAGCCGUCCGAACAGUCGAACGUCGUUGACGACGGCGAUUAAGAAGACGAGUGUGUCCUCGCUGCCAACGUCAGCCCGAUCCGAAGGAAAAUCCUCUCCAGUACCGGUCAAGGAUGCGAUUCCGGCACCAACGCGGCAGAAGAACAAGGGUCUUGAGAUGUCGUCCGGAAUGAUGGAACUUUUCGGAGGUGGAGGCACGUCACCGGCGCCGGCGAGACGAGAUCAUGAAGCGGCUUAUGAUCGUCGUGGUGGCCGUGGAGGUCUCUCGCAGCCGGGUCCCGAAUGGUUUGAAGGUUUCGAACGGAUGGAUAUGACGGAUAUAGAGCUCCCCGACCCAAAUUGCCUCGCUGAAAAAGUGCUAAAAGGGGAAAAAUCAACGCCAGAUUUUGAUUCCGAUUGGCACGAGGCGAAAGAAGACGUUCUGAAAACACCAGAAUAUUCCGCGAAAAAAUUUUCAGAAUCCCUGCCGGGUCCGGAUAUCGGAGCCGGUGUUGAGGAUGAGGAGGAAGAAGAAGAAGACGUGGUGGCAGAAGUGGAAGAGCUUGAGUACGAAUCGAAAGUGGGAAUGGAAGAAAAAGACGACGACACUGGCUCUUCUUCCUCCUCCAAAAAGGGUCAUCCUUCCGAGAACAACGCGCGACGAGAUAGCACGCAAAGCGGGGAGAGACGAGAGAGCACGGGCAACGAAGAGACGACAGACGGCGAGAGGGCAUCCGUCGGUGGUGGAGGGGGUGCGCAGCAGUCCGAGAAGGCGGGUGGCCAAGGAGGAGAAAUGUCGAUUUUGCUCGUCAAAAAUGCUCAAAUUGUUAACGACGACGCGAUUUUUGUGGCUGAUGUGCUGAUUGAGGAUGGUGUUAUCCAAAACGUCUCCCCGAAUCUCGAAGCUCCAGAAGGCGCGGAUGUCAUCGAUGCGUCUGGAAAGCUUCUUCUCCCCGCUGGAAUCGACGUCUACACACAAGUCACCGAUUCGGCGAUCGAUGACAUUUCAACUGGAUGCAAGUCAGCCGUCGCAGGAGGCACAGCCACCAUUAUUGAAGUCGUGCGGCCACGUGGCGCAGAAUCCAUCACCUCCGCGGUGAAACGAGUGAAGAAUCAACUGGAGAAAUCUGCAUCGUGCCACGUGUCACUAUCAGUUGCAAUAACUGAUUUUAAUGGAUCAACAGAGCAAGAGAUGGUGGAAUGUGUGAAGAACGAAGGUGUAAAUAGUUUUGUGCUAGAUGGAGUUUCGAUGUCAGAUGAUAAGCUUUUUGAGCUCUUUGAGCAUGUGAAAAGGCUAGGAGCACUGAUUCGAAUCGUUCCGGAGAAUAAAUCGAUAAUUUCAAUGCUAGAGAAGAAAAUGUUGAAGCUAGGAGUGACGGGACCAGAAGGAUACCCACAAUCAAGGCCGGAAGCCUUGGAAGCUGAUAAAGUGACCGGAGUAUGUGUACUAGGAAAUUUGGCAUCCUGCCCGGUUUCCAUAGUCCAGGUGUCUUCUGUAGAAUCCCUGGGAGCUAUUGAAAAGGCUAGAGGGACUGGAGCAAUGGCACAUGCUGAAAUCGCAUCAGCAGCGGUGGCAGCAGAUGGAGGAGCGUAUUUCAGUCAGGAUCUCAAAGUGGCAUCUGCGCACUUGACUGAUGUCCCAUUGAGAAGAGGAGCAGCGGAUAAGCUUAUUGGAGGUCUGGCGACACAGCCAUUGGUGGUGUGCACUUCUGGACACAGACCUGUCAAUUCGAAUACGAGAUUAGCAGCGAAAGACUUUGCGAUCGCUCAAAAAGGGACAACAGGAGCUGAGGAGCGGAUGGCAAUAGUUUGGGAGAAAGCAGUGAGAAGUGGACGAAUCGACCCGAUGCGUUUUGUUGCUGUAACAUCGACAAAUGCCGCGAAAAUGUUCAAUAUGUAUCCGAAAAAGGGGCGAAUUGCAGUAGGAGCGGACGCGGAUUUGGUGAUUUGGGAUGCCAGUGGAAAACGAGUUUUAGAAUCCAAUAGAGCGCAAAGUAAUCAGGAAACUUCGCUUUACGAUGGUCUGACGGUUCAUUCUGCGGUUUGUGCCACAAUUGUCGCCGGAAAAAUCGCCUAUCAAAAUGGAGAAGUGCAAGAGAAAUCGGCGGGAGGGUUCCUUCGCCUCACUGCCAACUCGCCCUAUCUCUUCAGCGUGGUCGGCCAACGCGACAAGUUCUCCAACGUCGAACGAGUCGAAAGGGACACACCGCGACCAUCAGCAGCAGCUGCUCCUCAACAAAACGGUCAUAAAAACUCCGGAGAAUUCGACAGAAACCGAACAAAGGUCAUGGAAUCGUCCAUUGAUUUUGGAGGAUCGUCGGCGAAUCGCAAUCGGAAUCCACCGGGAGGACGAACCACUGGUUUUUGGUAG